CUGCGUUUGCCUGCGUUUGCCUGCGUUUUUCCUGACCGCAGGCUGUACUACUGUGCAUCCCACCAGUACCAAGCAACGAGCCUCAUCUUGGUCAGCCUGUCUAUUUGCGAUGGCAGGAUCAAAGGGGACACCUCCCACGGCGGUCGACCUUCCUCUCCCGACCUCUGCCAGCCACUCGCACGGGACCCUAGCAGACUUGCUCCCUUCCCACUUCACCACUGACAUCACCAGCUGGUUGGCCGAAGACACGCCAUCGUUUGACUAUGGAGGCUUUGUGGUAGGGUCCUCACCAAGGACAGCCCAGCUCCUGUGUAAAUCUGCCGGAGUGCUCGCUGGGGUUCCCUUCUUUGACGAAGUGUUCCGACAGCUUGACUGUACCGUGACCUGGCAUUACAAUGAGGGAUCCUACCUGGACCCCGACAACUUUGGGGGUAAAAUCAAGGUCGCCACGGUGACAGGUCCCACGCGGAAGCUGUUGCUGGGCGAGCGGGUAGCUCUGAACACACUGGCUCGAUGCAGUGGGGUGGCGACCAAGAGCCGAAAAAUGCUCAAUCUGGUGCGAGAUGCAGGCUAUACUGGGGUGUUGGCCGGGACGAGAAAGACCACCCCCGGGUUCCGAUUAGUGGAGAAGUAUGGUAUGUUGGUGGGUGGCAUCGACGGACAUCGCCAUGACUUGAGCAGCAUGAUCAUGCUCAAAGACAAUCACAUCUGGGCCAAGGGCAGCAUCACCAAUGCGGUCAAGGCGGCGAGGGCAGUCGGUGGGUUCGCGCUAAAAAUCGAGGUCGAGGUACAGACUGAGGAGGAAGCGGACGAAGCGAUCGAAGCCGGAGCGGAUGUGGUGAUGCUGGACAAUUUCGACGGGCCCGGGCUCAAGGUGGCGGCGAGAAGUUUGAAGGAGCGCUGGAGAGGUCAGAGGAAUGUUUUGUUGGAAAGCAGUGGCGGUCUGACAGAAGCGAACGUAGGGGCAUACAUCAACAAUGACAUUGACAUUAUCUCGACAAGUGCUGUCCAUCAGGGUGUGUCUCAUGUCGACUUUUCCUUGAAAAUCGACCAUUGAUCGUCGAUCGACUCGGAGAGAUUGGAGUGCUCCAUACUGUAUCUCUCCAGCCUCAUGCAAGGCAACCGACCCCUCUAUCAUAGGGGCAAUACGACUCCCAUUGACUUGGUAACGGGCGGGAUGCCUUACCCGAAUUUCCGGGCAUGUAAGCGAGAGUCCUCGAGCUAUACCCCUGUUCUCCGUACUCCAAGCAUGGUGUGUUGGCAAGUUGUCACAGCCUGCUCUUGUCAACGUCGAGCAUGCUCUUUGAGGUUGUUUACAUAUGCACGGUAUGAUCAUGAGGCUACGUCCACAUGUGUAUGUACUCCGUACGCAUGCAUCCGAGUCUGCGUGUAUUGACCCUUGGAAUCUCCCCUGCUUGCACAGUGCCCACACAGUUCUCCUCCAGUGGGGCUUACAAGGAACAUGUACGAGUUCUCGUAAGUUGGGUCCAACGCAAUGCAUGGCUUUUUCCCCUUUUGAACUUUUUAACGGGGUCGGAUGACCAGGCAUGUGGCAGGCACGACUGGCAGGUAUAUGUGCGCGGGCACCUGCCCAUUUGAAUGCGUGCUGACCGCAUUUUCUCCGAGGCCCUUCGGGCCCCACCUCCUCCCAAACUCGUGCAUAAUUCGCCAGUUAAUUCGCGCCCCCCGCAGCCCCCAAACGGGAGCAGCCGUGGACCCGCGAGACCUUCCCAGGCGCUAGUUACAGCCACGACAGAAGCGAGGAGAGAUGGCCAGUAACAUUCCUGGCACCUCCUGGUCACAGUUGUGAUAGACAGCAGUCUCUUGUCUGAGGUUGCCGCUCUCUCAAUCCUGCUUUCCCUUCCAAGGAUCACAAUGUUGUUUCUUCCCGUCGCUAGCCAGGUUGGUAAGAGGUACCUAGUACCUAGUAUUUCAUGCACAACAUUCUCGUAUAUCUUUGUCGGCAAGUUGGUCCAGGUUUUGGAGCCUUGCCAGAUGAGUCUCUAUCCCAGGACCAAAGUAUCGCCAAACCUCUGGAAACCUUUGGAAAUCACCG